GUGUCGCUGACAUACGACGCAUCAUUCCGCGCCCGAGUGGUUUCAGAUAGUCCAAGGGCUGCGAUCUCAAGGGACGCCACAGAAGGGGUUUGCCUCUCUUAUCGCACAAAAGUGUUCCGCAGCAUUUAUCGUUCGCGUGACGACGCGCGUUGGCACCCGCGCGAGCUUUCUCGCUGGGCCAGCUUCUUCUGAACUAUUGCCACCGUCCGAGGGAAAGCAAACAGCAAACACGGGCGUGGGCCGUCGCCGGCGUCCCUCCUGAGAGGCUCGAGCGCCGAACCGUGGGGACCGACUGACAGACAUCGAGGCAAGCCGCCGCGUUGGCUCACCGGUCUUCUUCACGAUGCUCACCAGUAUGAUGAGGUGGCGCUACUACAAGGAAACCCUGCUAGAUAUGGUGCGGCGUAUACUCAGCUACUUCCUUACUGUCCUCACCCUCCGGCUACGCUCGUUCUUCUGUUGGUGCCCGUCCUCGAGACAGAGCCUGGAUGAAGCCGAGCGACGUGUCCUUGGCUCUAUGCGUAAGCCCUACAGUGGAUACUACGUGGACGUGGGGCGCAUCAGCGACAGCCCGCCGCGUAGUAGCCGCGUGUGGACCAUCCAGCUGGACCCAGACGAGGAACACGACGGGGCGCUGCCGUUGGUGCUUGUGCAUGGCUACCUGUGCGGCUCGGCGCUCUGGGUGCUCAACUUGGAGGCGCUGUCCCGUCGCCGGCGUGUCUACGCCAUCGACUUGCUCGGAUUCGGCAAGAGCUCGAGGCCCGCCUUGUCCAGCGAUGCCGGAACGGCGGAGGUCCAGCUCGCGCAAGCUCUCGAGGGGUGGCGUUCCCAGAUUGGUCUCGAGCGGUUCGUGCUGUUGGGUCACAGCUUCGGCGCCUUCGUAGCGUCGGCGUAUACGCUGCGGCGACCUGAGCAUGUGGCCCACCUGAUCCUCGAGGACCCGUGGGGAUUCUCCGAGAGCCGCGUGCCCGACACAGCUUUCCAGCUGCUGCCCUGGCUCGUCGCCGCCUUCACGCGAGGUCUCAAGUUCUUCAGCCGCGCCGACAUCUGCUCAGUGCUGCGCGCCGCAGGCAUCCUCGGGCCUCCGUUUCUCGGGGUCGUGCUAGCUCACGAAACCAACAUGUUCCGCAAAAUUGUACAGGACGAGACGGCCGUCGUCAGCUAUUUCUACCACUGCAAUGUGCGAAGACCCAGCGGCGAGGCCUCGGUUAAGGCGUUAAUGCACAGGUUCCCGUGGGUGAAGCACCCGAUGGGCACCAGGCUCGUGGCACUCCCGCCGGAAGUAGGGAUCACCUUCAUCUACGGAGCACACAGCUUCAUGGGUCGAAAGCCUGCAUUCGCCAUUCGCGAUGCCAGGACUCAAUCCUUCGUCCAAGUGCACGUGAUUGAAGAUUGCGGACACAACCUGCACUACGAGAAGCCCGAAGAGUUCUGCGAUGUGGUCAACAAAGCGUGCGAGCUUGUCGACGAGAGGCUCCUGCAGACAACAGACUAAAUGAAGCCGGCACACGAGAGCUCAUCUCUGCGUCGUACGUGUACGCAGACACUCAGAGCAAAAAUAUGUCAGCAUGUUUACAAAACAUCCUUCAGUGCAGGUCGCUGGUGGCAUAUUUUGUUUCUGUUUGUGUGUGAACUACCACGGUGCCACAACCUACCACAGUAGCGCGGAGUAGUCAAGAAGCGCUGUGUGAAUUCCACUAGUUUAAUAUCCAAAAACGGCAGGAAGUGGAAGAUGGAAGCUGCGAUGAAAAAAUCCGUAAACAGGGGGUGGGUGCUCGAGCCAACGUU